CUUCUUUACUUUAAAGGCAAACACGUUUUUCCCACAAAUUCAUGGCUGCACCGUGUUAAAAAUCUCCCCAUGAGUGAGUUCAACUUGUUUCACCAAUGUGAAAGUGUUGGCAACUUUUUCCUCAAUGGGUUGAAGAACGUAAAGUCGCUUUGGGAGGGAAAUAACGGUACGCGACGUUAGCCGAACGUUAGCUUACCAGCAACAGGUCGGUUGGUUAACGGAAAACGGUUAUGGAGCGCGCGACUUUUUCAAAAUACUCCUGGAUAGAUUUCGCCUUCUCUGUGAUAGGAGUUUGUACUUUUUUGGUGGACUGGGGUUCAGACGUUUGGGUGGCUACCGAAUUUUACUGUCGAGGGGACUUUUUUUGGUUCGGGGUGCUGGUCGGCCUCAUGGUGCUGUCGUCUGUCGUGGUCCAGAUGUUUAGCUGGUUCUGGCUCAAGUAUGACCGAGAGCUGCCCGGAUUCAGUGCAAUGACCGGAGGAGGAACCGUGCUCUUUGGGAACCGAGUGAAGCUGUCCUUCCUGUUGCAUGUGCUGCAGCUGGGUUUCUUGUGCAGGCACAUCUCCGCCAUACGACAAGGCUUUAGGGUUUGGUGGCGGAAAGAGGAAGGCUCAGAGUACGCUGUUUACCUGACACAUGACCUCAGCAUGCUGCGGCUUAUUGAGACUUUCUGUGAGAGUGCUCCUCAGCUCACUCUGAUGAUCUAUGUCAUGCUGCGCACAAACAAGGCCAGGACCGUUCAGUUUGUGAGCAUUGCUGCAUCGACCACGUCCAUAGCCUGGAUGGUAGUGGAUUAUCACCGCUCACUACGCUCCUUCCUCCCAGAUAAAGCCAAGCAGGGCUGGGGUUCCUCUUUAAUCUACUUCUUGUGGAACCUGCUGCUCAUUGCCCCACGUGUCGCCGCCCUCGCCCUCUUUGCCUCAGUCCUGCCUGGGUACAUGGCUGCCCACUUCCUCAUGCUGUGGAUUGUGUUUGUGUUAUGGGCAUGGCGACAGAGGACGGACUUCAUGGACAGUAUCAGUGGGGAGUGGCUCUAUCGGGCCACCGUAGGGCUCAUUUGGUACUUCAGCUGGUUUAAUGUAGCAGAGGGUCGGACCAGAGCCAGGAGCAUCAUCUAUCAUACCUUCAUCACCACUGAUGGAGUGAUCCUGAUGGUGACUUGGUGGUGCUACAAGGACCCUGUGCAGACAGAGUCGUACGCCCUCGCUCUCUUCAUCACUCUGCCUUUCAUCUACCUCGUGGGGUUGCUCUUCAAAACCCUCUACUACUGCUGCUUCCACCCCAAACUUUGGAGGCCCCCAAUGAGGGAGCCGGGGCAGCCCGAAGACCUGCCUGAUGCAGAAGUGACCUUUAGAGACUUUUCCAUCCAGGACGGAGCCAUGUCCUCGCAGCUCCUUAACAAACGGAUGGCCUGCCAUGCUACUUAUUUUUACUCCGAGCAGGGUGCCUUAAAAAACACUGAGAAAGAUGAGUCUACUCAUCUUUAAUGUCUGAAUUUGUCCGUUACAAAGAAAUGUUUACUACUGGAAAAGUUUUGCCUGUGAAAGAAUGCAACAAUCUCACUGCUGAAUGUUUCUUAUUUGUGCUACAGUUUUGCACAAAUCUGAGUUUGCUUUGAGCUAAAACACAGGCUGAAAGACUUCUUUAAGAAGUAGGCAACUGGUGGCCUAUGCUGUUUACAUCAGUGCCUGUACUGGGAUGUGGUAAAUUCUUUGAAUUCCUUUAAAUUUGGGGAAAAUGGCAGUAAAUCUAGAAACAUUGUAACACUGUAGCAUUUAGCAUUUGACAAUUGAUUUGCAACCUGAAAUUAUCUUAUAGGAAUGUAGGUAUGUAAUUAUGCCUCACAAUACAAUUGUUGAUACUAAAAUGGACAAUUUAUAUCUGUUUGACAAAAUUGAGAGCGUCUUUGUUUAACCAGCAGGGAAGCUAUUUACAUUUUCUACAUGGAGAUGGAGAAUCUACACACUUCUUGUUUCUGUUUGUAAUAGCUUCAUUUCUAGUCUCAGCUGUAUUGACCAAUCACGUAUCAGCAGGCUUUGACAGAUAAAACAUUCUGUGUUGACAACAGUAGACAGGCAGAACUUUGCUGGGAUGAAAAACAAGCUCUCAGAUAUGGUAUUCUCAUAAUGACUGAUUUUUCUCUUGAGACAGAUAUCUGUUAGCUGCACUUGGAUGCAGAUAUCUGUUUACCAAGAAAAACUAAUGUGAGCUGGUUGCCAUCAGUGCAGACAAAGUUUCAUCCUUCCGAUGUUAUUAUCUCAAAUCCUGCUGAUAUAUGAUUAAGCCAAAUUGCAUUCAGAAACAUUAAAUUUAAACGUUAUUUUCUUCUCCUCAUAAGAACAAAACCAAAGUAGGUUGCCUUUUUCUGAAUCUGCCAUCAUGAUGUUAUUGUGUAUUUAAAAUUUACUUACCUUAAUUGUGAGAAAAUCCUAGUAAAGUUACUAUCUGUAUCAGGCCUGUCCCACUGAAGUCAGCAUGGAUAAAGCCACUAUAUUUUACCUCUACUAUGGACAUAACAGCCCUUAGAUUGUUGACAUAAAUACCACAUGCAAAAAGCAAGUCAUAUAACACUAACUGCUGGUUUCACCAGAACUAAUGAAAAAUUCACCUUCAUUCUCCUUGGUAAAGGUAUUUUAUCAGUGAUAGCUGAAGCAUUCAUUAGCAAUGCCGCUUUUCAUAGAGGCAAAAUUCGCAUAGUUUAAUUCGUGACUAUACAACCUCAACAUUAAACAGUGUAUCUGUCUAUUUAUGAAGAAAAAUAAGUAAAGGAGACAUUUUACCUUUUAUUGUCAGAGAAUUUUAACAACAGAGUACAAUCACAAUGAAAUCGUUACUAGCAAUUGUUCAUUUUUGUCGAUAUUUAUACCCUUUUGAUACUUUUUAUUGAUCUGAGUCCAUUUUGAUUUCACUAUAAUUACUUUUCUAUUGACAAAGACAAAAUGACAGUCUAUUUUUAACAGAAUGGGUGUACGCUUACUAGAGUUUAAUGUGAAAAAUGAAAAAGUUAAUAUCUCUGUCUGUUUUAUCUAUUUUAUAUUACUUGGAAAGAGAUUUUCCCAUCCACACUGUUGGAGUCAUUCAAAUAUUUUGUCAAAAAUAUAUAUAUGUGUUUUUAAAUUUUAAAUCUGAACAUGUGAUGUUUUAUUUAAAUAUAUCAAAUUGUCAUUUUAUGGUGCUGACCUUGAACACAGAGUAUUGUAACCCUCUGUCCACUUGUGAAGUCGGCUAAUUAACUCCUCUGCUGAUUUCACCACUGAUUUCUACACCAGAUUGAUAUUUCUAAGUACUGGUACUUCAAAGUUUGAGCAUUUUUUACAACAGAUCUGAGUGAGCAAGGGAAAUACAGUACCUGUCGUACUGGAGAUAAAGCCAGUGUUUAUAGUGCAUGCUAAUCCCAGCACAGCAGACUUUUUAAUCAUUUAAAGGUACGACAUCUUGGUUUAGUUUGAUGCACAAUGCUGAUUUGGUUUGAGUGUAUUUUUCCUCCUAGCAAGAACUGAUGCGUGCUUCAGCACCAGUGAUAUGAUUAAAUGAUGUAUCAUCACAGAAUCCCUUAGACUCAACAGUGAUAUCCAGAUAAUGUAAUAUAAGCUAAAAUUUUUUAUUUUAUUUUAUUUUUUUGUUUUGUUUUUUUUUUUUGUUUUGAAAAAUAAAGACUUGGUCCCUCGAAACUGGGUUUGGAUUAACAUUACUAAUCCUAACAUGAGCCCAGUGUUGUGAUGCAUAUUGUAUUGUAAGUUGCGCGUAUCAUUACAUCCCUACUUCUAUUCCAAAAGAAAGGCUGCAUCUAUAUAAACAAUAUGUUGCUGUUAAUAGUCUUUAUUUUACUUGUCAAAUAUUGUACAACUUCUAAAAUACGCUUCAAGAUAGCGUCAUUCUUGAAGGCUUUUGUAAUGAUAAUGUAAUUGAAGUGUUAGUUUAGUUUAAUAUAUUUCCUAUAAAGCAGUUAUUUUGGUAUCUUUGCAUAUAGAGUUUUUUACAUGUUGAAAUAUGACAGUAUGGAGUUUUUGCUGUCAUGUGAAUGCCUUGUUUUUAAAAAUCAUAAAACACACACUUGCAGAAGUUCAGAAAUAGCCUUUUUUUUUAAAUAAAACCAACACAAAUAAUUUUGACAAUCAGCAUUUUAGGUCUUUUGGAGGCUUGUGAGGCCUGACAGUUUUCUUAAUUUGAAAUAAGUCUCCAUAAAGUCUCCAUAAAACAUUGGAUUUUGACAUAACAAAACAAGGGCUACCUUAAUGCAUUUGUUAUGUUGUGGGCUGUAUUACAGCUGUUACUACUGGAUGCUAUUUGAAGGACUUUGAAUGUAACAUUAUCUAAUUUUUCAUGUUUAUAUCGCUGUUACAGUUCAACAUCACUGCUUUAGACUACUCGUUUUACAAACAUGGCAGUGAUGCUUUGUAAUAAUUUCAAGUGAAGUGCUUAUUCUUUAUAUGUAAGCUAACAGAUGUCAUGAAGGUAAAAACACUAGUGUUAUUUUGCUUGUUUAUUCGAUGUUUGUUCAGCUUGUUUGAAUGCUGCAUUUGUGAAACUUGCUCAGUCAGACUUUUAAACAUCUGUCUUUUAGAGCAUGCGCAGUUUGAUUGGUGUGUGUCCACUCAAAGUUUGUUGUUACACGUCAUUUCAGUUCAUUAUUUCACCCCUGCCUUUGUUUAAGCAAAGUGUUGUAGAUUCACAGUAAGUGUUUAAAUCAAAAGUCAGGGUCAGGGCUGGUUGUUAAUCUUUUACCUCAUUUGCCAUGUGCAAUUAUUAAAGUGGUAACACUGUUUAUCAUCUGAUUUCACUCCUGUAUUUUCUGCUCAGACUGUUCCUUCUUCUUUUUAUAAUAAGGGUCUCUUUUCACUGUUAAAUAAC